AAAUAUUUUGUUUUGUGUUUGUAGGAUAAACUCAGUAUUGUCUACACAUAAAUAAAUAGAAGGCAGUACGCACCUUCAGUUGAUCACUGUGAUCUUGUAGAGACAAAAUGGCCAGCAAGUCACAUGGCAUUCAGCACCUUCUGCAAGCAGAGAAGAAAGCCAAGGAGAAGCUUGAUGAAGCCAAAAAAAGAAAAGUGAAACGCCUGAAGCAAGCCAAAGAUGAAGCCUUUGUAGACAUUGAAAAUUAUCGGCAGAUGAGAGAAAACAACUUUAAGCAGAAGCAGUCAACAAUAAUGGGAUCUCAUGGUAACCUUUCAGUCAAGGUGGAUGAACAAACUAAAACCAAAAUCCAGUCGCUCAACAGCAACUACAGUCAGUACAAGGAUGCACUUGUGCAGCAUAUCAUUGAUAUGGCAUGCGGCCUUAAAACAGAACUUCACAAGAAUUAUCGAGACUGAAGAGAUCCAGAGCAGCAUCCAUCAGUGCUCUGAAAAAAUAAAUACCGUAAGGAUUCUAACACUCUAGAAUCAAAUCUACUCCUGAACUUGAAAAUAAAAGCUGGAUGCCGCCUUUCUAGUGCAAAAUUAAAACAAGAAUUAAGUGAUACAAAUUAAAGCAUGUGUGGUAAAACCA